GAGUGCGGGGAUUGCGUACGAGACGGCCAAGGCGAGCGAGAAGGCAUGGCUAAGGCCGGAAGCUGCGGCGGCGGGGAAAACAUGGCUCUGAACGGGGCAGGCAACGACGACGCGGAUUGGGAGCCUCCGUCCGAGGCGGAGCUGAAGGUGAUCCAGGCCCGGCGUGAGAGACAGGACAAGAUCAGCAAGCUUAUGAGCGAGUACCUGCUCAAGGGCUACCGCAUGCUGGGCGAGUGCUGCGAGGACUGCGGGACCAUUUUGCUGCAAGAUAAGCAGAAGAAAUUCUAUUGUGUUGCCUGCCAAGAACUUACUUCUGAUGUCGACAAAGACAAUCCAGCCCUGAAUGCCCAAGCUGCUCUGUCGCAGGUGCGCGAACGCCAGCUGGCCUCCAAUCCCGAAGACGUCAGUUCGCCAGAGUACUUCUCCUCCCUGCCGACUCCCCGCCCUGUGCCACGCCCGGAACACUGUGAAGGGGCAGCCUCAGGACUCAGAGCAUCUGCCCCCGCUCCGGUGCUCCCAGUGCGUGUUGCGGUGCCUCCCUCGUCACCUCCCACCAGCAUCCUGGCUGCAGUAGAGGAAGCCAUAUUGCAGAAGAUCAACUGGGCGGGCCGGGAGCUCCAGCAGAGCACCUCCAUUGAGAUGAGCAUACAGCUUUGCUCCCUCAUCCGCUCCUGCGCGGAAUCCCUAAAGGGCAUCAAGGAACUGCAGCAGUGAGAUGGCUCUGUCUUCUCAGGGCACAAAGGGAACAGAAGCUACGCCUGUAACACCGAGGGGGGGGGGGCGCGUCCCUUUUAGAAACUAGAGUCUGGGCAGUUCAGAUAAGACGGCAUUUUCUCACUCUGAUUAAAACUCACGCUCUUUGCCUCA